CUUGGAGCGCAGGAAGAUGGCGGACCAGAUGUCACAGCUGGAAUGCAGCAUCCAGACCAUCAUCAACAUCUUUCACCAGUACUCUGUGCAGCUAGGGCACCCGGACACACUCAACCAGAAAGAACUGAAACAGCUUGUGAAAAAGGAGCUGCCAAACUUCCUCAAGAAGCAGCAGAAGAAUGACAAUGCCAUAAACAAGAUCAUGGAGGACCUGGACACAAAUGGAGACAAGCAGCUGAACUUCGAGGAGUUCUCCAUCCUAGUGGGCAGGCUGACGGUAGCCUCUCACAAGGAGAUACACAAGAAUGCCCCUGAAGGAGAAGGCCACAGCCACGGGCCAGGCUUUGGAGAGAGUGGCCAGGGCCACUGCCAUAGCCACGGUGGACAUGGCCAUGGCCACAGCCACUAA